AUGACGCAAUUUGAGUUAUGUGAAUAAUUUAAUUUUAAUCGGUUAACGCAGUAAAUAAUUCAAUGGUGCGUCUCCUACUUUGUUUCAGUGUAAAAAAAUUGUGUACAACGUUUGUGAUUUAGUUGAAACGUCAUCCGCAUAUCAUGUUAUUAUCAAAAUAGUGUUAAAUUCUGCGAUAUGUAAUAAAAACGAAAUUUGUUCUAGUUUUUAUUUAGUACUAUAAAGUUCUUAUUUGUCAUUAAGGAUUUAAUAGCUGUUAAGUCGCGGAAAUAGUAGAAUCCUUGCAUCUUGUAUUCGAGAAGAAAAUUUCACAAACACCAAACUGAAUAAUGUCUUCAAAAGAUGAUACUGGCCGAGAAGCUGAAGAAUCUCUGUUAUAUUCAGCCAGACACGGAGAAUUAUCGGUCGUUAAAGCUUUGCUUGAAGCAAAAAGAGAGGGAAAAUUAACAUUGGACAUUAACUGCAAAGGCAAAAGCAGAAUAAACUAUGGCUGGACACCGCUACAUUUGGCUACAUACUUUGCGCACAAGGAAGUUGUUGAGGUGCUGCUCGACAGCGGCGUAAAUGUUGACGAAGUUAACGACAAUGGCGACACUGCACUGCACAAAGCUUCAUUCACUGGAAACGAAGAACUAGUGAUCCUCCUACUAAACUACAAAGCGGAUGUCAACAUAAUGAAUGGUGAAGGUCAGACUGCGUGUGACGUCAGCAAGACACAUGAUGUACAGCGGCUGUUGGAAGCAGCACAGAGAGCUGAGCGAGUGGACAAGGAACGGCAGCUCCUCACUGCAGCUAAAGACGGACGAGUUGAAGAAGUUCAGGCAUUGCUAAGUGGUGUGAGUCCUCCCAACAUAAACUGUGUGGACAGUCAAGGUAACUCGGGGCUGCACUGUGCGGCGUACCGCGGGCAGGCGCGAGUCGCCGUCCUCCUGCUGCAGAACGGCAUUGACACCACGCUCAGGAACAAUACUGGUCAGCUGGCGAUAGACCUGGCGAAGGACGAUGAUAUGCGCGAGGUGCUGAGCGUGCGCCCGGUGCAGAAGCUGCAGCGCACCGCAGCCAGGUUCGAGGGGCCUCUGCUCAAGAAAUCCCGUUUCCUCGGCUGGAGGCCAGUUUGGGCGGUGCUACAACGCGGCGUGCUGAUGUACUACGGGUCGCGGGCGGAGGCGGCGCGGUGCGGGGCGGGGCGGGGCGGCGGCGGGGGCGGGGCCAAGAAGUACCUGGACGGAGCGCGGCUGACGGCGCCCCCCGCACAGCCCGCCCUCCUGCUGCUGCACUACAGCGACGGUGACAGCCAUCGCCUCGCUGUUGAUGCUGCGGAGCCGGACACGCUCGCCUGCAGACAGUCAUGGAUAACAGCACUGAACGAGCACAUCGCGUACUCCGGCCACUACCUGUGGGCGGGCGCCGGCCCUGAGACCGCCAAGGAGGCCACCGAGGACGACGACUGCAAGCCACUUGGGUCGAUGCAGGACGCGCUGACGACGGCCAACAACCGGCUGGCGGUGCUGGAGACGCAGCUGCGGGAGUGCGGCGCCAUCCUCUCCGCGCUCGACAACACCGCCGCACUCGGCAACUCCCUGCACCACUCCGCCUACAUGAGGUUCCAGCACGCGUGCGGCACGGGGGCGGAGGCGCUGAGCGCGCUGCGGCACUGCGCCGCGCUCGUCGCGCAGGCACGCGACAGGGACCAUGCCAAGCUCGCCAGAGAGUUAGAACGCAACCGCGUGCUGGAGGAGGCGCUGGCCGCGCUCGCGAGGACGCACCACGCCCUAGAGAUGUCAGUCGCUGACGAGAUCACAAAGAGUAAAAGAAAAAAGAAAUUAUCACAAACCGAAUCGAAAGAAAAUUUCUUUGAUGUAUAUGACGAGUCAGGCGACGAUGACGACGACACGCUGGUGACGGCGGGGCUGUCCAGUCCGCUGGGCGCGCUCAGCCCCUGGGGCAGCAGUCCUGACCUCACGCGACACACGCCCAUCGGAAGUGUUGAUAGUGAAGAAGAUGAGAAGACAGCAACAAACGAGGGCAAGCUGGAGCGCGCGGUGUCGGGGUCGUCGUGGUCGUUCCGCAGCGAGUGCUCGCGCGGCACGCUGGUGUCGCAGGACGGGCACGUGUACCGCAACGCCCGCCCCUACCGCAGCCCCGCCACGCCCAGUUCUGACAAAUCGUAGUAGGGCUGUAUAAAGCACAUCACAGGACACAGCAUUUAUCUUAUGACAUUUAGCACAAACAUGGUAACACAUUUUAAAUAUUUCCAUAAAUAUUUAAAAGGAAUUAUUAUUAAUUCAUAUUAAAUGUACUGUUUCAUAUGAUUUAGGUUUUCAUGAAAUAUACUUGCCAAGAAAAAAUAUUAUAUUUUAAAAGAUGACAAUUAUUUUUGUUUAUGGCCUGUAAGACAGGAAAAUGAGUAAAAGGUUUUAAGAGAUUCAACUAACAGGAAAUUAGCUGUGCGUUUCCACUGCCAAUAUACUUGUAUGAAAACAUAUGCCUUUUCAUUGGAUAUACCAAUAUGUAUAAAUACAUGUAUUUCGGUAGUGUAAACUCAUGUUAAAUUACUGGAUACGCCGAUAUUAUGUUAGAUUGUGGUAUUCUUGCGAUUUCUAAGAAAUUAUUUAUUUUGAAA